AUGCUUCUGGAUCCGGCCAUCAACUUAGUAUUCCAACACAUGGCCAAAGAAAUGGAAGAGUGCAAGGAGAGACAGAAACAGACACAAAAUGAACUGAGUGCAUGGAAGUUCACAGCCGACAGUCAAACUGGGAAACGGCUAAUGGCAAAAUGCCGAAUGUUACUGCAAGAAAAUGAAGAUCUUGGGAAACUGAUAGCAUCUGGAAGAACUGCAAAAUUAGAAGGAGAAAUUGCCCUGGAAAAAACUCUUGUGCAAGAAAUGAAAAAGAACCAAGCUGAUUUGGAUGAAUUCUUAGCUGAAAUAGAUGAAGAUGUCGAGGGCAUGCAGAGUAUGAUGUAUCUCCUCCAACAACAGUUAAAAGAGUCAAAAGAACAAAUUGCUCAACUGAAAGAAGAGAACAAACAGUUAAAGGUGUCAGUGAGUAAACUUAGUCCUCCAGAAGCAGCUGCUACAAAUUAUCAGCCGAAAUUGUUUAGGCAGAUAUUUUCCUACUCUCUCUCUCUCUCUCUCUCUCUGACUUUCCGACCCAAACGAGGUCCUGGGGUUCAUAUGGACCGCCAGUGCGUAAUGCGCCAGGAAAUCCGCGCCGAGGAUAGGUAUCUUCACGUUGGCCACGGUGAAUGUCCAAGUGAAAUCACGUCGCAUGCCGAUAUUCAGAGUGAGGGUCCUUUCUCCGUACGUGUCUAUCGCGGAACCAUUCGCAGCUCGUAG